AUGGCGACCGAGUCAGGUGCCAAACCACCACUCCCUCCAGCACCAUCAUCAGCACCAGCACCAGCACCAGCACCAGCACCACCACCUUCUACCCGGGGGGUGAUCGGUAGUCGUUCGCAACGCUGGCAGCAAUCACGGCUCUUUGGAGCGGCCAAGACGGGUUGGGCUUGGAGGAGGGCCAUCUUGUUUGGGUUGGGCACGAGUUAUGCGGUUGUCAAGUGAGUCAUUUGCUUUGAAGGGAAAACUGAGCCUGAGCUCGACUGAUCCACUCGUGACCUUCGAUCAGGUGGCAGAGCUCAAAGAUCCAGGCGAGGAAGAGGGACCAGAUACAUGACAAGGUGGGUGAAGCACGCGUGCACCUUGUUCGAUGAACAUGAACUGACGUAGGCGACUAGCGACUUCCAGACCUACCUGUACUGGAAAAUUUACGAUGGGUGAGCGAAGACGAGGCUCGCUUUACCACCUCCUGUCCGACGUGGGGACUGGGCAGCGGCUGAUUCUUCUCUCCUACCCUCGGCUGACCGACCAACAGCGGCAUCGUCGAAGCCAAGUCAUAUGGAUCAAAGUGAGAGACACAGUACACUUCGCUCAUCCAGCAUCAGACACUCACUCUCCACUGCCCUGGACAGUCUCAACUACCUGCUCAACUCGUCGACCGGAUCACCCGAGGAGCCGCCGAGAGUCAUGACCCUUUUCGACGUCAUUCGAACCAUCAAGCUCAUCGAACAGGAUGAUCGAAUCGUCAGUUGAAGCCUGAUGCGGAGCUCCCUUCCCUAGCUCUCAAGCUCAGUCAAACUUCGACGCACAUCGCACAGCGAGGCAUCAUCGCCGAUUUCUCCAACAUCUCCGUUCCUUCCGUACCGGCCUACAACCUCGGACUCGCACAACUCGAGGAGAUCCAAGAAGCUUUACUCGAACUGCGUCGUACCAAACAUGAACGAAUUGGACAGGAAAAUUGGAAGACGAUCGCUUGGUCCGAUACCUUUACCAGUCAGGCGCAGUACUUGUUCGCGACGUGCUUCGAUGAGGUCUAUACCCAACCGACGGGGGAAGUCCCUCUCGUUGGGAUGGGUGAGCCGUGGUGAAGCGUUUCUGAGAAUAGGGUCAAGUAGGUACUGAACCUUCACGUGUUCAUCGAAUAGGUACAACGGUCCCCUUCUAUGGACGACUGGCAAAAUGGUUGGGCAUCGAGGUCCAGGCCGAGGCGAGGAACGAGUACAAGAGCUUUGUCCAGCCCGUGAGCUCGAUCAUCAAGUCUGUGGACCACCCCUUUUUACAUCGAUCACUGAUAUCCAAGCCCUCGCGCACAGUACAUUGACGAAAAAUUGACCAAACCUCAAAAAGAGAACCAACUUGAACUCGUCAGCGACCUGAACGACAACCUCAUGACCUACAUUGCGCGCAACCGCUUCUCCACCUCCCUUGCCGGAUUGCUGGGUCUCGAACACGUCAAGAAGCUUUCCCGAGAAGGCCCUUACAGCGCCACACAGGCGACCAAAGUCGGUCUGUUGAACGGGACGGCCUAUCGACAGGACGUGUUGGAUUCGAUCAUGGAUAAGGAUGAGAAUGGGGAGUUGGUCGAGGAUCCAAAGAGGGUUAAAGGGUUUUACCACUACAGCAAGAUCAUGGAGAGGAUCGUCGAGAAGACCGUCAAAGACGCGAUGGAUGUCGGGGUCGUGUACCUCAUGGGCACGAUUGGUGAUGCCGGAGAGUAAGCAUCACGUACUUUAUUGCUCGGAUCCUUCCAAUUUUGACACACAUGGCAUUGUCCCUCUUAACCCAGAUUCGGAACUGCGGCGGUCGUCCGAGGCUUGAAAGAAGCCGGUGAAGACGAAACGAUCGGAGCUGUCGUACUGCGCAUCGAUUCAGGCGGAGGAGGUGUCGUCGAGUCCGAUACGAUCUGGUCCGCCGUGCGUGAUUUGAGGGAAAAGUACGGCAAGACCGUCGUCGCUAGUUUUGGGAACGCUUCGGCUUCGGGAGGCUAUCUCGUCUCGACGCAUGCCGAUGCGAUCUUGGCGAGUCCUUCGACGAUUACGGGAUCGUGAGUCCAAUGAACGCAUUCAAGUUCACGUUCACGUCGAUGUUUGGAUACUCAUGUAAGUUCGUUCUGCACAGUAUCGGCGUCGCCGCCCUCCGUCCCACCUUCACCCAAACCUUCUUCGACCGGCUCCACAUCACCCUCGAUUCCAUGUUCCUCGGUUCGCGCACCCAAGACCUCACCCACAAACUCGAAGGCGCCGAACUGAAACGGUACCAAGCCCACGUCGAUGAGAUGUACACCGAUUUCAAGAACCGCGUCGUCGAGGGCAGGGGUGUGCAUCCGGAAUUAAUCGAUUUGAUUGCGGGGGGAAGGGUGUUUGCGGGGUUGAAGGCCUUUGAAUUGACGGCGCCGAGGGAGUUGGUGGACAAAAUCAGGGGUUGGACAAAGGAGGAAUCCACGACGCCGGAGCCGACGACGAGGUUUGAGGAGCUCUCGUCCACGGGGCUUGUAGGGGAGAAAGACAAGUCGACGAAUGGAUCAAAUCGAGCGACGAUCGUUACCUUACCCGAGGAUCAGGAGACCUCACCUUACGCUCCUCCGACAACAGUUAUGAACGAAAGCCUUUUCGACGAGGUCGCGACUCUGAAAUCAGCCGAAGUGAACGCCUUGAAAGCGCUCUCCCCCGAACCCACCACCUCGACCUCGGUCCCUCCUCCGACCGAAGGGCAAACCUCCCCCCUCCCUGCCGUUUCAGGGAUCUACGAAAUCACUCCCGGUCCCUUCGGACGCGGCCUGAUUGAUGGUCUAGGAGGGAUCCGCGAUUCGGCCAUCUACGCUUGCGAACUCUUCAUCUCCAACGGUAUGGCCGCUUAUCAACUCGACAACCCAGGCAUGUCCGAAAAGGACGCUUUGAAGUCACUUUUACCGGAUGCGAGACCGAGUUGGAAUGAAGAGACGGGGGAGAUGGUCAUGAGUCUUGAUGUACGACUCAAGAGAUUCCCGGUGCAGAAGGGGUUCUGGCAGACUUUGAGGGAAAAUAGUGAGAAGGGGGAUUCGGUCGAGUUGAGGCAGCUGGGCGGGUUGGUCAGGGGCUUGCUGGUUGGUUGGGUCAUCAAGGCGAUGGCGGAUGGGGUGAGUGGUGAGUUGAGAGAGUUGGGGCUUUGGGAGGGGACUAGAGGGACCAGUGGACUUGGUUUGGGAAAGACGAGGUUCGGUGGGAUGAGGGGGAUCAGGGCGGAGUGGGGUGGGUUCAAUUUAAGAUGA